CUGCUGGGUCAAAGGUUGUGUCAACAGACUCUUCAGUCACAUUUUCCAUUCCAAAGGUCUUGUUUGCAAACUUUAGUCAGCUUAUACUUGAAUAUGGAGACAUUCCAUGUACUGUGAACUGUUCAUUUGUUGUAUUUCUAAUGACUUGACCCCCGUUUCUCUUUAUCUAACUUGUCAAUCCUCACUGUUUAGGUCCCGUUUGUGCUGUUGAUGACGUUGGCGGCUGCCGGCGCUCAGUCUUUCCACUUUGGCGCCUGCCCUCAGCCUUCUGUUCAAGACAACUUCAAUGUCACAAAGUAUAUGGGUACGUGGUAUGAAAUAGAGAAGCUGCCAGCUAUGUUUGAAAGAGGGAAAUGUGUCCAAGCGACGUAUUCUCUCCUCGGUGACGGGACGGUCAGCGUUCACAAUGCAGAGUUGCUGUCUAAUGGGAAGAUAAAUUCAAUUGACGGCGUCGCCAGAGUUAAAGACCCAUCUCAACCUGCCAUUCUUGGAGUCAGCUUCUUUAAAGGUGUUCCUGAUGCGCCCUACCUGGUGCUCUCCACAGACUACCAGUCGUAUGCCCUGGUGUACUCCUGCAACGGCUAUUUCGGCGUGUUCCACAUCGACUUUGCCUGGAUCCUGGCUCGCACACGAGUGCUCACGGAGGAAAUCAUCAACCAGUCACGUGACAAGUUGGCAGCCGCUGGUGUUGAUAUCGACCGUCUUACAAGAAGCAACCAGACAGGCUGUGACAUCAUGACCUAAAGCAGGAGUGAUAACAUUUAGCAGGUUAAAGUUUUUUGUCAAUUUGUUGUGUUAUUGAGAAACUUGUAUUGUUGUCAUGUAAUAAAUGUGGCUAUAGUGCAAAGAAAA